AUUGUGGUUGGGUGAGGGGGAGAGUCAGUCGCUGGCGCUUUCCUACAUUACAACAACACCACAGCAGCAACGGGCGCUGCGCGGGACCCUCUCGCUCUGGCGGCUCGCGCUACAUUUUGCCGUUUGAACGGCCGCCGAGUUCCAAAUCCGGCUGUUUAUUAAUUUCAUUGAGGCGUUUAACGUUGACGUUAUGACGCGACAGUAACCCCCCCACCACCCCCGUACCGGGAUUCUCGCGGCAUAACGCUGGCGUGUGUUUGAUUCGGGAUCCGACCAUCAAUUUGUUUACAGCAAAAAAGCUGUCGACCACAUCUGUUGUCGUUAAAUGCCUCACUUUUAUUUGACGACGGCGACUCACUUUUCAAUCGGGAGGAGUUUAUGAAAGGUGAGGGACGGAUCCCGCCUCCCCCCCUCUCGUUCGUUGUGUGAAGGCAGCUCCACUCCGCUGCCGCCGCGGUGUUGUCGAUGAUGCUGCGGUUCUCGCUGCUCGGAUAGUCAGUCCGGUCACGCGGCGCCCGAGCGAGCUCCCUCCCUGCCCGUCCGCGAGCCGCCGCUGAGAUUUAUCCUGCUCGCGCUCUCUCUCUCUCUCUCUCUCUGUCUCUCUCGCGACCGCUGCCGCUGCCACCGGGAAUGUGGGUCAAUCCUGAAGAAGUGCUGCUGGCCAACGCGCUGUGGGUGACGGAGAGAGCCAAUCCGUACUUCGUGCUGCAGAGGAGAAAGGGGCAUGGAGAAGGGGGCGGAGGGCUGGCUGGCUUACUCGUGGGAACACUUGAUGUUGUGCUGGACUCCAGUGCUCGAGUUGCACCAUACAGAAUCCUUUACCAGACUCCGGACUCCCUAGUCUACUGGACAAUUGCCUGUGGUGGCUCAAGAAAGGACAUAACUGAACACUGGGAAUGGAUGGAGCACAAUCUGCUACAGACACUUUCAAUCUUCGAGAAUGAAAAUGACAUCACUACAUUUGUUAAGGGUAAAAUACAGGGUAUAAUUGCAGAAUAUAAUAAAAAUAAUGAUAUAAAGGAGGAUGAUGACACAGAUAAAUUUAAGGAAGCUAUUUUGAAGUUUCGUAAGUUAUUUGGGAUGCCUGAAGAAGAAAAGCUGGUUAACUACUACUCUUGCAGUUAUUGGAAGGGUCGGGUUCCACGGCAGGGUUGGAUGUAUCUCAGUAUCAACCAUCUCUGUUUUUACUCGUUUUUGCUGGGAAAAGAAGCUAAGUUAGUGAUCCGAUGGGCAGACAUCACCCAGCUAGAGAAGAAUACUACAUUGCUCUUUCCUGAAAUUAUCAAAGUGAGCACAAGGUGCAGUGAACAUAUUUUCUCUGUUUUCCUCAAUAUUGGUGAAACCUUUAAACUAAUGGAACAACUAGCCAAUAUUGCCAUGAGACAGCUUCUUGAUAAUGAAGGCUUUGAAGAAGACAGAUCACUUCCAAGACUAAAGAAGAAGUCUCCUCAAAAGGUUUCUGUAUUAAAACGGGACCUUGAUGCUAGAGCAAAAAGUGAGCGAUACAGGGCUUUGUUCCGACUUCCGAAAGAUGAGCGUCUGGAUGGGCACACAGACUGCACCCUUUGGACACCAUUCAGUAAAGUGCACGUUGUGGGUCAGAUGUUUGUAUCUACUAAUUACAUCUGUUUCACCAGUAAAGAGGAAAACCUGUGCAGUCUUAUUAUUCCUCUAAGAGAGGUGACAAUAGUGGAGAAAGCAGACAGUUCGAGUGUGCUUCCAAGCCCAUUAUCUAUCAGUACCAAGAACAGGAUGACUUUCUUUUUUGCCAAUCUCAAGGACCGUGACUUCCUUGUGCAAAGAAUUUCUGACUUUCUACAGCAAACAACAUCAAAAAUUUGCUUUGAUAAAGAAAUUGUAGGAAGUCUUAAUUCUGAUGAUGAGGUAUUUUCCAGACAAAGCAGUAUUGUUUCAGGUAGUCCACAGAGAAGUUUCAGUUCUACCUCUGAAAUGGAUGGAGAGCGACAGUUCAACCUAAAUGGAAAUAGUGUUCCAAUAGCCACCCAGACACUCAUGACAAUGUACCGUCGCAGGUCACCUGAAGAAUUCAAUCCUAAAGUGGCAAAGGAACUAAUGAAAGAACAGUCCUGGCAGAUCCACUUCGCUGAAUAUGGCCGUGGAGUAUGUAUGUAUCGCACAGAGAAAACCCAGGAGCUUGUACUGAAAGGCAUUCCUGAAAGCAUGAGGGGGGAGCUUUGGCUACUGUUUUCAGGCGCCAUUAAUGAGAUGGCCACCCACCCUGGAUAUUAUUCUGAUUUGGUGGAAAAAUCCAUUGGAAAGUAUAACCUGGCCACAGAAGAAAUAGAGCGGGAUUUACACCGCUCACUUCCUGAGCAUCCAGCAUUUCAAAAUGAGAUGGGAAUUGGUGCUCUGCGAAGGGUACUCACUGCCUAUGCUUUCCGAAAUCCUAACAUAGGAUAUUGCCAGGCAAUGAACAUUGUCACUUCAGUGCUGCUAUUAUAUGCAAAAGAGGAAGAAGCUUUCUGGUUGCUAGUAGCACUCUGUGAACGGAUGUUGCCGGACUACUAUAAUACUAGAGUGGUUGGAGCAUUGGUGGAUCAAGGUGUGUUUGAGGAGCUUACCAGGGAUUAUGUGCCACAGCUUUAUGACUGUAUGCAGUAUCUGGGUGUUAUAUCUACCAUCUCGCUGUCCUGGUUCCUCACACUCUUCCUCAGUGUAAUGCCUUUUGAAAGUGCAGUUGUUGUUGUGGACUGCUUUUUUUUUGAGGGAAUUAAAGUGAUCUUUCAACUCGCUCUUGCUGUGCUGGAUGCUAAUAUUCACAAGUUGUUGAAUUGUAAAGAUGAUGGAGAGGCCAUGACUAUACUUGGAAAAUACUUGGACAGUGUGACGAACAAGGACAGCACAUUGCCACCCAUUCCUCAUCUUCAUUCCCUUCUCAGUGAUGAUGGGGAUCCUUACCCUGAAGUUGAUAUCUUCAAAUUAAUCAGGAGCUCAUAUGAUAAAUUUGGUAGUAUCAGAGCAGAUGUGAUUGAGCAGAUGCGUUUUAAGCAGCGACUACGAGUGAUCCAGACCCUUGAAGACACCACAAAGCGUAAUGUUGUUCGAGCUAUUGUGACAGACACAUCAUUCACUAUAGAUGAACUGGAAGAACUAUAUGUCCUUUUUAAGGCUGAACAUCUCACCAGUUGUUACUGGGGUGGAAACAGUAAUGCUACAGAACGCCAUGACCCUAGUCUGCCUUAUCUUGAACAGUAUCGUAUUGACUUUGAACAAUUCAAAGGAUUGUUUGCACUUCUUUUUCCCUGGUCAUGUGGUGCACAUUCAGAUAUACUAGCUGCACGCUUAUUCCGUCUACUAGAUGAGAAUGGAGACUCUUUAAUAAACUUCAAAGAAUUUGUCACAGGAUUAAGUACAAUGUGCCAUGCAGAUCUUGUAGAAAAAUUGAAACUGCUAUAUAAAAUACAUGUACUUCCUGAACCAUUUUUUAAUGAACAAGAGGACCCUGAUUCUGCGUUUGAAGCUACACAAUACUUUUUUGAAGAUAUAACACCUGAAACUGUACACGUUGUUACAGAUGUUGAGUCGAGAGCAAAACAUGAAACAGAAGAUGGCUUUGUCACUGUAAACCUGAGGAAUGAGAAAGUUGAGAAGCGAUCAAACCCACAUGAUUAUCGACAUUACAUCAGGAUGUGGGCACAAGAAAGGGAGCCUAAGUUGGAGAGUAUCAAAGAUCUGCCUAAACUGAAUCAAGAGCAAUUUAUUGAACUAUGCAGAACGCUGUACAACAUGUUCAGUGAAGAUACGAAUGAGCAAGAAUUGUACCAUUCCACUGCAGCUGUAACCAGUUUACUUUUGGAGAUUGGUGAAGUAGGAAAACAGUUUGUUAGUCAGGCAAUACAGGAACCAGGCAGAAGUCAUGACAAUAACAGUAGAGUGCAUCAGAAAAAGGAAAACCAACCAUUGCAUUACGGACAGGGGGAUUCUUUCUGUUCGAUCCCCGAUGGAAUGAAUGAUGAAAAGCUAUCCUCCAGUGAGCUACAGGAUAUUAAACUGGAUGACAGUUCACCAAAAGACAAUGGGGUGUCUUCAGCAAUGUUGAUUUCAGAUGAUGAAACUAAAGAUGAUACUUCCAUGUCCUCAUACUCAGUUCUGAGUGCUGGCUCUAAUGAAGAUGAUAAGCUACAGUGUGAGGACAUCACAGAGGACACAGUGCUUGUGCGUAAUAACAAUGAGUCCCCUCUUACCAGGAGUAAUAGCACAGACAAAGACUGGGCUAUCACCUUUGAGCAGUUUUUGGCCUCCUUUCUAACUGAGAACGCUUUGGUGAGAUACUUUGAGAAAACUGGGGUAGUGAUGCCCAGGAUUACAAAUGCUAAGAACAUCAGAAUGAUGGGAAAACCAAUCACCUCAGCAAAUGACUAUGAGAUCUGUACAAUCUCGGGAUGAGGAAGUUGCUGCUGUUUAGUCAACAGAUUACAUGAAGUGAUCUCUUAUAAACCUACCAUAUAGACCAAUAUAAUGUUUAGUCAACUGAGUGUACAGUAGUUUCAGAAAAAAAUGUCCAAUGUACUGUAUCUCCUUGUAUUGUAAAUUAUAAGUAAUAUUUAGGUGAAUUAUCCUCUCUUAACCCCAUGUUUCACUGUAUAUUGUUGAACUUAAGAUUUAAUUUAAAACAUACUCUCUAGAAAACUGGAGCAUCUGCACUUUGAUUCCAUGCUGCUUUAUAAACCAGUUCAAUUAUUAUGUUUAUUAAUCAUUUGUAACCAGUGUUUCCUUGUAACUUUAUAUGUUUAUCAGUGUCUCUUUGUUACUGAAACCAUUCCUGGAAAUUUCAUUUUUAUACUAGACACAGUACUAAUACAACUUCUAAGUUUUGUUUCAGAACCGAAGUUGCUGUUUUUAAAUUGGAUUUCUCCCUCUUUUUUGAAAGGAUUCUUAGGGAUAUUGGCUUGACCUUCAAAAUGAAAGGCACAAUGUAUAGAAUAAAAUUAAAACAGAG